AUAGGUACUGUCAAAUUUGCGUCAAAUGAUUCAGACUGAUUCACUUUUCGAAAAAGACAAAAAUUCAAAUUUCUAAAACCGAGCGCGUCUUAUACAAUGGCAGAUCCCCGUAUCAGGCAAAUAAAGAUCAAAACCGGCGUUGUUAAGCGUAUAGCAAAGGAAAAGGUUGUUUACGAAAAGGAGGCCGAAAAGCAAAAAAUUAGAAUACAAAAGAUAAAAGACGAAGGACAGGACGAACACAAUAUAAGGAAGCAGGAAGAAGUUCUGCAGGAGUCACUUAUGAUGGUACCUGACUGCCAACGGCGGUUAGCAAAAGCAUUCACAGAUCUUAAAAACACUCUUGACACAGAACAAGAUCUCAAAGAGCACGAAGAUUACCAAGCAGCCGAACAAGCAUUAAAAGACGCUGAGUGCCAGCUGCCUAAAUCAACGUAACCUGUACAGAAGCUUUAAUA